AUGCGAUGCGUGCAAGAAUUAGUUUCACUAUUCGUACUGGCCAUUGCUUCAAAUAUUACGGUGGUCGGCGGGACGACAAGGUUCGAUCAAGAAGCCGCGGAUAUGGAGUUGGAAUUGCGACGGCCGCAGCGAUCUUGGACAAACAUUGUGUUCACCACUAUUGCCAACGAAAUUGUCGAUGCCGGAAUUGCACGCGAUCUCACGGAAGCUUUUGUUCUUGUCAUUCCGGCUUUUGCUUACCAUAACCUGCUACCGCGGGAGGAAGGGGUUGAUGUCAGCUUUGACUCGGAUACUGGCAUUGAUGGAGGUACUGGUUACCCAGGACAUCCCAACGCGGGCACCUCGUCAUCUGUGGUUGCGCUUGCUUGA